CACACAAGAGAAGGCGGCAGCGGAGCAACACAGCCGGAGCUGUCAUUCAUUCAUGCGGAUUCUUCGUCUCCAAACAAACGCGCUGCUCUGAAACCGACAAUACACGUUGUUUUUAUUUCCUGCAUUUGCACCUGAAUAAUGCUGCAGUGAGUGACCGGAGCGGGCAGGCACUGCUGGGUUUCACCGCCUCGGUUUAUUCACAUGUAAAAGGAGAAAGUCUCGGCUGCUUGAAGGCGGGUUCGCACAAUUUGGGAAAGGAUACGAGGGGGAAUUCUCACCUGGAUUACUGACUGUUGAGGACAACAUGCCUCAGACACCACCGUUCACAGGGCAGCUGCACACCGGCAGCUACAACAAGAACCUUUACCAGACCAAGGAGGAAGGCUACCCUGGCCUUUAUUAUCAUGACAACAACCUGGCUUCCGGGUCCCUGGAGGCCCUCGUUCACCACUUGGUCCCAACCUUAGACUAUUAUCCAGAUAGAACUUACAUCUUCACCUUCCUGCUCAGCUCUCGUCUUUUUAUCCGCCCGUAUGAACUCAUGUCCAAGGUGUGUCACCUGUGCAUGGAGCAACAGCGACUCAGCGAUCCCCAAGCUGACAAGAUGAGAGUAAGGAAGAUCGCUCCCAAGAUCCUCCAGCUGCUGACAGAGUGGACGGAAACGUUCCCAUACGACUUCAGGGACGAGAGGAUGAUGCGGAGCCUGAAGGAGCUGACCCACCGGCUGGCCAGUGGAGACGAGGUUUAUAGGAAGGCGGUCGGUCAGAUGAGCCAGGGUCUGAUCAGGAGGCUGACUGUGCUCAGCCAGUACGAGGAGGCGCUGGUCAAGAUCAACGCCACCGCGGCCGAGCGACUGACUGCUCUUAAGGCGAAGCCCCAGGCGGCCAUCCAGAGAGACAUGCUGUCCAUCUGCAACGACCCAUUCACUGUCGCCCAACAGCUCACACACAUAGAACUGGAGAGACUGAGUUACAUCGGACCUGAAGAAUUCGUCCAGGCCUUCGUCCAGAAAGACCCUCUGGACAACGAUAAGAGCUGCUUCAGUGAUCACAAGAAGGCCAGCAACUUGGAAGCUUAUGUGGAAUGGUUCAACAGGCUCAGUUAUCUGGUGGCUACAGAAAUCUGUAUGCCUGUGAAGAAGAAGCACCGAGCUCGAGUCAUCGAGUUCUUCAUCGACGUGGCGCGUGAAUGCUACAACAUCGGCAACUUUAACUCCCUCAUGGCUAUCAUAUCUGGGAUGAACAUGAGUCCUGUGUCUCGUCUCAAGAAGACCUGGAGUAAAGUCAAAACGGCCAAGUUCGACAUCUUAGAACACCAGAUGGAUCCUUCAAGCAAUUUCUACAACUACAGAACAGCACUGAGAGGAGCCACGCAGAGGUCGAUCACCGCCAACAGCAGCAGAGAGAAGAUUGUCAUCCCUUUCUUCAGCCUGCUCAUCAAAGACCUGUAUUUCCUCAACGAGGGAUGUGCCAACAGGCUGCAGAGCGGUCACAUCAAUUUCGAGAAAUUCUGGGAACUUGCCAAACAAGUGAGCGAGUUCAUGGCUUGGAAGAAAGUGGAGUGUCCGUUUGAGAAGGAUCGCAAGAUCCUGCAGUACCUGCUGACGGCUCCAGUAUUCACUGAAGAUGCGUUGUAUCUGGCAUCGUACGAGAGCGAAGGUCCUGAGAACAACGUGGAGAAGGACAGAUGGAAGUCUCUGAGAUCCACUCUGCUAAGCAGGGUCUAAACUUCUACUGAAGAAACCAGAACGAAGACAAACUCCUGACAAGCGAGCCGCGCCCUGCCGCCACCGCCGUUGUCUAAACGAAGUAUCCCUAUGUUGGAAGGGAAACGACAAUCUCUACUUUGGCUGACAAGGAUCUUUUGUGUUCCCCCCCAGCUUCAGAUUUCUAUUAAGCUCUGCUUUUCCUUACCCUCUCGCUCUUUGUGCUGUAUAUUUCAGGACAGCUGUUUUUUCCUCUUUGUAUGACUUUGUAGUCUUUUUUAAAAAAGAGAAAUGCUACAAACCUUCACAGUAAAAGCCGAAGGGUCCCAAGGUUUUUUGUCUGAAGCAUUUCGCCCUGAUGAACCUUCUGUGAGCGAAAAUGGAGUCGUUGGGGUCGUUUGUUUUCCCCGCUAGUUUUCAACAUGCUUUUUUCCACUGAAGCUACAAAGUUAGCCGCUGGUUGGCUAACUCAACAGAAACGCUACUCGCGCUGGUUCUAUAAACCAGCAUCCUUUGUACGGAGAACUCAAAACUUGCCCGCAACACUGUUUAUCAUUAUGCUAGCUAUUAUUUGUAGUUUUGUUUCGUCACCUUCCUUGUACGAUACCUGAGUUUCUCUCACUUCCUGUUUCUAAAGAGUUUGUUUAUUGUGAUGUGUAAGAAAAAAUGCACUGGUUGCAUUUUGAAGAUGUAAUUGAGUUUUCUUUUUUGUUUGUUGUAUAAAGUUGUGUGAUUUUUGUGUUUGACCCGGUGAAGGCAUCAGUAAACUUCAACCAACGUGUUUCUUCUGUGGUUGAACAGCAUCUCAAAACCCUCUUCCCCUGAGGAAUUGGGGUUUAAUACAGGAACUUCAUUUGAAGCAUACUGAGGCCUUUAGCAGUGAGCUUAAAUGGAAGGUGUGAUGAUAGUGUGUUUCCUGUUGUUCCUGAUAAUCAGUGUUAAAAUAGCCUCACUGCUGCUGAGAAGAUAAGCUGGGGUAAAUGCUACCAUUCAUACUUUCCCCUUUUGUUCCUGCUGUAAUGUAGAAUAUGAGUGCUUGUGCUGCCCCCUGUUGGUUCAGUCCGAAAAGUGAAUGGAUUUUGUGUGGUCGAAUAAUGUGAACUGAAGAUUUCUGUUUAAACCCUACACAUGCUAAAUAGUAUCCUUUUUAUUUUUCAUAUUGUUAAAAAGUAGUUUCCUCCAUAUUUGUUUUUAUUUAUAAUUCUAUUUGUGUGGUUACAUGAUGUCCUCAUGCCAAUAUGUACUAUUAUUUUAUUGUUAUUUAAUUUUGUACUAGGUACAUAACAUGCUUAAGUAGUCCUCGGAUAUUGGCUUAACUACUAUUAUUUUUAUAUACAAGUUUGUAUGAGACACUUAUUUUUCAAGGUACUAGCUCAGAGUAUGAAGUAAAAUGACUGAUGUCUGCUUUGCCUUGACUGCUCCUCCCUCAACAGAGUGCUGUUGUGGUUUGUUGUGUACAUACUGUGUUUUAUUUUGUUUUCUUUCCUCCCUAUGUUCAUUCAUUUGUAAUUGGACUGUUGAAAUGGAAAAGAGGAUCCGUUUAUAAAUGAAUUGGUAGUGUUUAAAAGAGAAAGUUAAUAAAGAAUGUUUAAAAGUA